AGUGCUUAGGAAAGACAGAUAGAGUCAGGCAGCGGCAAGGGGUGGCUGUACGACCCUCUUUUGGGGGGGGUCUGAUUAUUACAAAAAAAUAUACACACAUAUAUGCAUGCCCCGGCCGCAAGAUAGGUCAUAUGACGAUAAUAGGUAUUUUAGAAAGCAUAUAGCUAUAUAUCUAUACAUUUAAGAUGCCUAUUUUACUUUUCCUGAUAGACACGUCCGCUUCUAUGAAUCAGCGCACUUAUUUGGGUACGACGUAUCUGGACAUUGCUAAAGGCGCGGUUGAGAUCUUUAUGAAGCUGCGUGCCCGAGACCCGGCUAGUAGAGGCGACAGGUACAUGCUAGUUACAUUCGAUGAUCCACCAUACGGAGUUAAGGCGGGCUGGAAAGAGAACCAUGCCACGUUUAUGAGUGAACUGAAGAAUCUGCAGGCGUCUGGACUGACGACUCUGGGUCACGCUCUCCGCGCGGCCUUUGACCUACUCAACCUAAACCGCCUUGUCUCUGGCAUCGACAACUAUGGACAGGGCCGUAACCCGUUCUUUCUGGAGCCUUCGGUGAUCAUCACCAUCACGGAUGGGAACAAGCUGACUCACACCUCUGGGGUGCCGGAUGAGCUUCACCUGCCCCUGACCUCACCACUGCCAGGCAGUGAGCUGACCAAGGAGCCAUUCCGGUGGGACCAGCGGCUCUUCGCCCUGGUGCUGCGUCUCCCUGGGGCAGCCACGCCCGACAGCGAGCAGCUGGGCAGCGUCCCCAACGACGAGUCUGCCAUCACCCAGAUGUGUGAGGUCACUGGAGGUCGGUCAUACUGUGUACGGACUCAGAGGAUGCUGAACCAGUGUCUGGACUCUCUGGUCCAGAAGGUUCUGAGUGGUGUCGUCAUUAACUUUGAAAAGACAGGGCCAGAUCCGCCUCUGGUAGGCGAAGAUGGUAUGGUUGACCCGAGCCGGCCCGUGUUGUCCUUCAGCCCACAGCCCUGGCACAGCUGCCACAAGCUCAUCUACGUGCGACCCAACCCCAAGACAGGGGUGCCUGUAGGCCACUGGCCCAUCCCCGAGUCCUUCUGGCCGGACCAGAACUCCCCCGCUCUGCCUCCUCGUUCUGCCCACCCCAUGGUGCGUUUCACCUGUGUGGACUGUGAGCCCAUGGUGAUUGACAAGCUGCCCUUUGACAAGUACGAACUGGAGCCCUCGCCACUCACCCAGUAUAUCCUGGAGAGGAAGUCCCCACACAUGUGCUGGCAGGUCUUUGUGAACAGUAGUGGAAAGCACAGUGACCUAGCCCAGCCCUUUGGCUACCUGAAGGCCAGCACCACUCUCUCCUGUGUCAACCUCUUCGUCAUGCCUUACAACUACCCAGUUGUUUUGCCACUCCUUGAUGACCUGUUUAAAGUGCACAAACUGAAGCCAAACCUAAAGUGGCGGCAGGCCUUUGAGAUCUACCUGAAGACCAUGCCUCCUUACUUUCUCUUGCCAUUGAAGAAGGCUCUGCGAAUGAUGGGAGCGCCCAACCUCAUCUCCGACAACAUGGACUGUGGCCUCAGCUACAGUGUCAUCUCCUACCUAAAGAAGCUUAGCCAGCAGGCAAAGAUGGAGUCGGAUCGCCUGAUCGUGUCUGUAGGGAAGAAGGCUCCCCAAGAGACUGGGAUAAAGGUGAAGAACCACUCCAACACCCUGUCCCUGGCCCACCGCAAAGACUUCAAGCAGCUGCUGCAGGGUAUCACUGGAGAGAUGUCCCUCCGCCUUGCAGACAUCAACUUCAAGGAGUUUGCCGGCUUUCAGAUUGCACUGCUCAACAAGGAUCUAAAGCCUCAGGCGUAUCGAAACGCCUAUGACAUCCCAAGGAGGAACCUUCUGGAUCAGCUGACACGGAUGCGCUCCAACCUUCUGAGGACUACUCAGAAACUUAUCAGAGGACAAGAUGAAGACUACCUUCACAGUAUACCCAUGGUUCAGAUGGGCAACUAUCAGGAGUAUCUAAAGAUGAUGCCCUCUCCUCUGAGAGAGAUCGACCCAGACCAACCCAAACGCCUGCACACCUUCGGCAACCCAUUCAAACAGGACAAGAAGGGGAUGAUGAUUGAUGAGGCAGAUGAGUUUGUAACGGGUCCCCAAAGCAAGAAGAGAGGCAUUACUGGGGACCCCAACUCGGGGGCUGCUCUGAAGAGAAGGCGGAGCAUGUCCCCUUUACUGCGUCGGCCCCAGACUCCACCAAUCAUCACCAACCAUGUAGUGGGGAAGGGGUCCAAUGGGAACGUGGUCCAGGGCCAGCCUGGCAUCAAGCCCAUCCCACUGCACAAAGGAGCAGAGGGGAACAGCAUGCUGGGCACAGAGAAUAACGGGGAGGGGGGUGUGGGGCCUGAAUCAGGGGACGGCUGGCCUGGAGUGGUGGUGGACGGUGUGGGAGGGGGCACAAAUGCACUCAUCCUGGAGGAGAGAGAGAGUGAGAGGCCUGGGAUGUGUGCAGGGGACAGUGGGGAGGACAGUGGCGUGGAGGAGGACAGGUUAGGGGAGGGUGGCCUGGAUGAGCAUCCCCCCUCAGAGAGACAGCAGCAAAGCUGUGAGGGGGACCAGGAGAGAGAGCUGGAGGGAGAUGAAAAUGGAGCAGACCAAGCUGAGCCUGAGGCGGUCACCAUAGCCCCACUAGAUGGCAGCAAUGCUGAGCUGCGCACACGGGUCAUCAAGGAGGUCCGCAAACCUGGCCGCAACUAUGAGACCAUAUUCAGGCUGCUGGAGGAGGUGAAGGGGUCUGUGACGGUCCAGAGGUACUUCAUCCAUCACGCGAUCAAGGAGGCUGCCAGGUUUAAGAAGCGGGUGCUGAUCCAGCAGUUGGAGACAGCUCUGGAGUUGAUUGAGGAGAAGGAGCUGCAGCUCCCUGCUGUCCGCCUCAACAACGACCAUGGUAGAUAGUGAAGAAGUGGCCUGCAGGGGUCCCUGCUCAGAAUCACAAAGAUAUGUACAGGAACAGGGUACUCUCCUUCACAAGACAUGGACAGGAACAGGGUACUCUCCUUCACAAGACAUGGACAGGAACAGGGUACUCUCCUUCACAAGACAUGGACAGGAACAGGGUACUCUCCUUCACAAGACAUGGACAGGAACAGGGUACUCUCCUUCACAAGACAUGGACAGGAACAGGGUACUCUCCUUAACAAGACAUGGACAGGAACAGGGUACUCUCCUUAACAAGACAUGGACAGGAACAGGGUACUCUCCUUAAUAAGACAUGACUUACACAUGGUCCAACAACACCCCAUAGGAUGUAAAGUUGAAAGAAGGAGGCAAUAGAGGAGACGACAGAGGGAUCUAUGUGUUGUGACAUUGUGCCUCAACAGCACUCACACAUGGAGAUGGAAUGGUCAGGGGUUAUAAUUCGGGAGGGAGGAGGAGGGUAGGGCCAGAGCCAGACCAAUGUGGAGAUGAGUUAAGAGACUCUGGAUGUAAUCCACUCCAAUAGUGACUGAUGCCAUUGCUGACCAUAUGGCUAAUUCAGUUUGUCCACAGACAUUGAUUAAUUCACACACACACACCAUAGACUUAGAUAGACAUCGCAUCAUUGUAUCUGUCUCUAUGCUGUCUGUGAGAGCAUGGGCAGUGCCAUUGAGGCCAUCUCCAUUUUGAAGAAGCCCAUUUUCUUAUUCUACUACUUCUAUGAGUUGGUAAACAAACUGAAAGGGUGCAUACUGUCCUCUAGAAUGUGUUGUUUGAACAGGUAUAAAGCCAAGGUUUUGCUCACAAGUGUAAUUAUUUGGCUUGUCCCUUCAUGUGAUCCUUCCUGAACCCAUAGGAAGUCCCACCCAGCUGACUACUUCAAAAUGGUGAAAGUCCUUAAUGGCACUGCCCAUGCUCAAACUGGCUUUUGGGCACUAGUUCUCUAUAUUUCUCUAUGACACACACACACACCUUUUAAAUCAGGUCUUAGUGCAGUUCUGAUUAGUCAUUAUAGGACAGGAAGGAUUUUUCAUGUGAGGCAUGUAAUAAUGGAACUCUUAUUACAGCAAUUUUACAUGUAGUGUAAUUACUAGUAAUACUGGUAAUGACUAUUGACAAUAUAGCUGUAGGACAACUGUGCUCACAUUACAGUUUAGAGCAAUAAGGAUAUCUGCUGACUGAUCAGAAGGUUUAACAUUAGCCUAUUUAUGUUUGGCCUAAAUAUAUACAUUUGAUGUAAGAAACACACUGUGUACUAACUACAUAGGCGUUGUGGCUCACAUGAGAAAUCUGAUCUACCUCAAGUCUUCUAGGUGUUGGAGUGCUGUGGGUAUUUUGUGCUGCAUAUGGGCCUGCAGUACAAUAAUACCAUGUCAAAUCACAUACUGACCUAAGAUGCCCUCCAUGGAUCAACUGUCCCAGCAUGGGAGCUGUUCUCAAAGCAAUAGCACACUUCAUGUAGGUUAUGUUCAGUAACGUGUGGACUUGGUUCAGUAAAACAUUGGACGCUAGCUUUUGGGGUCCAUCUUGAGGGACUAGAGCCUGGCCUGCUGUCUCCACUCUCUCUCUCCCUGCCUUCUCCUCGGCAGUCUAGUGCACUAUAUACGGAAUAGGGUGCCAUUUUGGAAGCGCCCCAAGUGUCACAGUCUCCCCAUUGAUUCUCCCCUGGAAGAACUGUGUGGUCAACCAAAAUCUCUGCUCCCCGUUCGUCGGUCACCUUUUUCUGGACUAGCACAGCUUGGGAACAACCAACCUUCUGUAUUUCAGAGAACAAACACAAGCUACCCAUUUCUCUUUUGUCUUCCCCCCCAAAGUUUCUUUUUAAAAUGAAAGAUUGUAUUUUAUUGUUCAUAAAUCUAAACUAUUUUUGGAUGGUGUUCAUACCAGAACAUAAAAAAAGAGAAUAUUUUAAGAGUAAAAGUUGUAUAAAGGCCAUUUUGUUAACUGUUAUAUAUAUAUAUAACAUUGAAAAUGUACAAUUCUUUUUUAAAUAAACAAAAAAUAAAACAAACAAAUG